AUGGCAAUCUGGCCAUUCCGGCGGAAAAGCCGCAAAAGGCGCUCUCGCGCUGCCACGACAGAUUUCGAUGGGCACCGCGAUGCUACCCCGAUAGGCCAAGCUUCGGCAGGGGGACAGGCAAAGGCAGGGACGGAUCGAUCGGAACCUCAUAAGCUUCAGCGAAGAGCACGCACAUACAGCUUCUCCCCCGGGCGCCACGAUUCGAUAGUACUUGGGCGGAAGCCAAGCGUCGAAGGAAAACGGAGAGUGACGGGACCAGCAGCGACUUUCCAGGGACCCGCGAGCACUGACCUAGGUCGCAACGUUUUUUUCCGCGUGCCUACCCUGCACAACAAACGCGACGGCGAUGACCUACUACGAAAGAAAUCGAGCAAGAAAAGGCGGAGGGAAGAUCGUGCGCGGGAGGCCGAAAUCAAGGCCAUGAGCACAUUUGUACCUGUUCGAGCAGCAACCGAGGACUGGAUGGCGGGACGCCCCAUGAAGAAGGACAGCAAGAGAUUUAAGAAUGGCCUUGGAUUUAGGGGUCAAAGAUCCUCCGAAGUCUCCUUACCCGUACCUGGAUCCCUAGAUUCGGCCUUGUCAUCAGAUUCCGAACAGAUAUCGUACAAGGUUUCGGCACUUAAUGCCCUCGCUCCCCGACCGACCCUUCGAUAUGCCACGCAUCCUCGACAGGGCUCUACAAACGGCGAGGUUGGCGCAUCACCGCUCGCCAAGAAACCCUCCCAACGCCAGAAGACGCUUGUAGAGCCCAUACCAGAGGCGACACUGAAGGCUCAUAAACGUGUUGACGACCUCGCUAAUGAUCUUAGCGCGAGUGAUCUUCGCGAGUUGAUGGAACGGGAUCGACGACGGCGCGAAAGGAGACUGCAACGAGAACAGGAGAAUGCGCAGACAAGGCUUGCCAAACGGGUAGAAAAGCAGCGCGCCGACGAUGCUGAAGCGCAGGAAGAAGGCAGGGAGUCCCCUCCAAACCUGGAGAGAGGCGUUCUGGGCCGCGAAGCGGUGGGUUUGGGAAUCGACCCGGAGUCUGCGGUAGUAACGUCGUCAAGGAUUCGUGAAUCGGACGAGCUUUCACGGCCAGUGAGGAAGCGCUCAAGGGAAGAAUUCAACGAGGGAAAGGAAGAGGAACAUGUGCGACCACAUCCACUGAGAUCAUUCCAUCGCACGGAAAGCAUUCCAGUCGAAACUCCCACUUCUCCCCUCGGGUCACUGGCCAGUCCACAUUCGAGGAGUUCCUUCUUCAGCCCAAAUGGUCGAUCGUCUCGACAAGCCUCCUUAGCCAAAACGGAGCACUCGGAACAGAUGCGGAGAGGGUCAGAGACCAGCAGCUCCAGAGGACCAUUAUCAUGGGCAUCCAUCUUCAGGUGGGGAAACAGAAACAGACGAAGCUCUGGUGGGCCGUCUUCGUUUUCCAACACCUCCCGAGACUCAAUGCAAAACUCGAUGCAGACACCGCAACUACAGGUGCCAACGCCACCAAUCAAUUUUACCCCCCGACGAGUUAGCUUGGGGGUACCGAAGCACACCAAAUCGCGCUUCCGUGAAGAUCUUCCCGAGCUCCCGCUCUUACCCCCGGGAUCUAGGAUACACUUGAACGAGAACGAUUCGAUCCCUCCCACGAUCGCCGAGGCUUCCCCUAACCCAAACCAGGAUGUUGAUCCUCUAGGAGUAGCGAUAUCGGAUGGCGCUAGAGAUGAGACACCAACAUCAUCAGAACAGAGAUUUGUGGAUGCACUGCGUCAUACGCCCUCUUCCUUCGGCCACCCUGAUGAGCGUAAUAUGACCCCCGAACCGCAUACCAUGUCGCUUGCCUCCAUCGAUUCUGAGGCAUCAUGGCUUUCAGGACGCCUAUCGGCGAAGAGGCGAAAGUCCUCGAGUAUCAUGAGAUCGUCGACACCAUACAAGCAGCUUCCACGAACAUCAGAGCCGGAUGAUGAGAAUGAGGAGGAGCAUUUGCCCGAGCAUGAAAACCUAAACGAGGAAUCAAUUAUCGUGGAUGAUGAUUAUCUAUCCCGUGUUGCACGGGCUAGUGGUGAACGUCCUGGAUGGAACCGGCAGUCCAGCGGGGAGGCUCGCGCAUCAAGUGAUUGGGAGGAGGAACCUCAUUGGGGAUCUGUCAGGGAAGGGCAGCCCGUCGUCAUUCACGACCAUCCUGCCAACGUCCGAACGAAGAGCUUCGAAGGUUAUCUCAAUUCGUUGGGCGAUACACCCGAGGCAAGCCCCGGGCUCUCCGAAACAAUGGGGGAAGCGAAGGACGAGGAGAUUCGGCGGGCAACGAGCGUCAAUCUCGGGAAGGGACACGCACGACACAUCAGCGCUGGCAGUGCUCGGCUACUGUCCCUCUCUCCACGUAAUUCCACCGAUAAACGGAGGAGCCUACCACCGAGACCCCUGGAUGAUUCGGCAGCGCGAGUAGCUACAGUCGAGAAGCAGUGA